GGAAAAGGGCAGCAUAUAAAUCGAAUCAUUCAUUCAUUCAUUCAUAAAUAAAUAAAUAAAUAAAUAAAUAAAUAAAUAAAUGGUCGUCUGCUUGAGCUGGGGGUUGGACUAGAUGACCUCCCAGGUCCCUUCCGGCUCUGUAUUCCGUUGGAUCUAUUGAUUGAAGCCUUUUCUUGGUGGCUCAACCUUUGCUUUAAAUUGUUCUUUCAGUGUCUUAGAAGGGGAGGCGCAGACUUUCUUUGCAGGUUGAGUAUAUCUGGCUUGUCCACAGGAAAGCCAGAUCAGCCUCCGCAGGCUCCUUGCUAGAUGCAGCUGGGAAGGAGAGGAGCUGAAUAGACGCCGUGUGAGGAAGCUGUCGAGAUGGACAUGCCAAAGUUAGGUGGAGAAUGGAGAGGAGCUCCAGGCCUUUCUGCAGCUGAGCCCGAGGAAGGCAGGAAGGCCUAGGCUGGAGUCAGGUGGGAGACCGUCCCCGAAGAGCCCCUCGACUCAGACGUCAAGCGCUUCCGCCACUUUUGCUAGCUGGAGUCCGCGGGACCCCGAGAAGUUUGCAGCCGCCUGCAGCAGCUUUGCCAUCAAUGGCUGAAACCUGAGAAGAGCAGCAGAGCUCAGGUGGUGGACUGGGUGAUCCUGGAGCAGUUCCUGGCAGUGCUGCCCCCCGGAAAUGGCGGGCUGGCUGAGGGAGUGCGGGACAGAGAGCUGCUCCCAGGUGGUGGCCCUGGCUGAAGGCUUCCUGCUCGGCCAGGCCGAGGAGCAGAGGCAGCAGAUGCAGGAGCCCUUCACGAAGGCAGUUUUGGUGCCACCUAAAGGAAGAGAAGGUCUUUCUGGUCCCUCGAUGGAGCAGCUGUCGGGAAGGAUCCCUGAGGAGGAUCCAAUUCGGGUCACGUUGCCACGGAGCAGAAGGCUGUUGAUGGACGUUGCUGAAACAUCUCCUCUGUGUGGUGAGGCAGCCAUAGCGCAGGGUUCAGUGUCCUUUGAGGAGGUGGCUGUGUAUUUCACGGAGGAAGAGUGGGCGCUGCUGGAUCCCAGACAGAGAGCCUUACACGAGGAAGUCAUGCUGGAGAAUUUCAGGAAUGUGGCAGCUCUGGGUUAUAGCCAGAAACAAAAUAAUUAUAAGGAGACGAGGGAAGCUUUAUUACAAAUAAUCAAGUCUGAAGAAGGCCUGCUUGGAUAUCAAGGGGCAUCAGAAAGGAGUAAGAAAACCUACGUAAUGAAGGGAGGGAAGAGUUUGCCUUCUUUUGAAUAUAAUGCAGUCCGUGACUUCCCAACCCAGCUAGUUCAACAACAAGAAGAUAAAGGAAAAUAUAGUGGAUGUGGUGAGAGAGGCGACAAGAAAUUUGAUUUCCGUAAAUACCAGACUGAAGAACAAUACGCACAUCAAGAGGAUGGGAAGAGUGUCAAUUAUACCUCUUCCAUUAAUUUACAUUACCAAUCGUAUCUCAAGGACACACCAUAUGCAUCUCUAAAUUGUGAAGAAAGUUUCAAUUUGAACAGUCAACGUAUUUCCGAUAAUAAUGAAAAACUGUGUGGGUACAAAGAGGGCUCCAAUAAGAAACAGGUGCUUAUUUUACCUGCAGAAACUCCACCAAAGGAGAAACCAUAUAAAUGUUUGCAAUGCGGAAAGGCCUUCGCACAGAGAUGCAAACUUACCAUACACGAAAGAAUCCAUACAGGGGAAAAACCAUAUGUGUGCCUGGUCUGUGGAAAGACCUUCACACAGAGAUGUAAACUAAUCAUACACGAAAGGAUCCAUACAGGGGAGAAACCAUAUAUAUGCCUGGUAUGUGGAAGACGAUUCAAUCAGAGCGGUCACCUAACAAGACAUAAAAGAACCCACACUGGGGAGAAACCGUAUACGUGCCUGAAGUGUGGAAGGAAGUUCAGUGAAAGUUCAAGCCUUGUGAUGCAUGUAAGAAGCCACACGGGAGAGAAACCAUAUAUAUGUACGGAAUGCGGAAAGAGCUUCCGUCAAAACAGUGUCUUUGUUUGCCAUAAAAGGAUCCACACUGGAGAAAAACCAUACAAAUGCACAGAGUGUGGAAAGAACUUCAGUCAGAAUAGUAGCCUUUUGAAACAUAAAAGAAUUCAUACAGGGGAAAAACCGUAUCAAUGCCUGGACUGUGGAAAGAGAUUCAGUGUCCGCUCGGAUCUUACAUAUCAUAGAAAAAUGCACACGGGAGAGAAAUCAUUUAAGUGUUUGGAAUGUGGAAAGAGCUUCAAUUGCAACCGUUACUUUGUUCGCCACAAAAAGAUCCACACAGGAGAAAAACCAUACAAGUGCUUGGAGUGUGGAAAGAGUUUCAGUCAGAACAGUCACCUUGUCAAACAUAAAAGGAUUCACACAGGGGAGAAACCCUAUCAGUGCCUGGAGUGUGGAAAAAGCUUUACUGCAGCCUUACAUCUUACAUAUCAUAAAAGAAUGCACACAGGGGAAAAACCUUACAAGUGUUUGGAAUGUGGAAAGAGUUUCAAUUGCAGCAGUUAUUUUAUUUGCCAUAAAAGGAUCCACACAGGAGAGAAACCAUAUAAAUGCCUGGAAUGCGGAAAGCGAUUCAAUAGGAGCAGUCAUCUUGCUUAUCAUAAAAGGAUGCAUACAGGAGAGAAACCGUACAAAUGCACAGAGUGUGGAAAGAGCUUUUCAUAUAACAAUGGCCUUAGGUACCAUCAAAGAAUCCAUACUGGAGAGAAACCAUAUACCUGCUUGAAGUGUGGAAAGAAGUUCAGUGCAAGUGCAAACCUUAUGAUGCAUAUAAGAAUCCACACUGGGGAGAAACCGUAUAAAUGUAUGGAGUGUGGGAAGAGCUUCCGUCAGAACAGCGUCUUUAUUUGCCAUAAAAGGAUCCACACAGGAGAAAAACCGUACAAAUGUACAGAGUGCGGCAAGAACUUCCGUCAGAACAGUAACCUUAUCAUACAUAAAAUAAUUCACACGGGAGAGAAACCAUACGAAUGCACAGAAUGUGGAAAGAGCUUCAGUCACAAAAGCCACCUCACGAGACAUAAAAAAAUCCACACAGGAGAGAAACCCUGUAAGUGCACAGAUUGUGGAAAGAGUUUUAGUCGAAAUAGUCACCUUACGAAACAUAAAAGAAUCCAUGCAAGAGAGAAACCAUAACUUGGGAGCCUUCAUCACACAAGUAUUUUCUUCUUAUAAAGGGAAAAAUAGAAAUAUGUUGACUGUAAAGUUCAGUAGCCUUAUCAGACUUAAAGGAAUCCACAUGGCAGAACCAUAAAAACACCUGAAAUGCGGAAAUCAAUUUAAAAGAGUGUUGCACUUAUUUCUUAUAAGAGAUUGUAUUGUGGGAAGAAUGCCUGGAGUAAAUGGAAUUACCAGGACCGGCCUUUUUUUCCCCUUAAAAAAACAAUACAAAAGAAAACACAUAAAUGUGUAUGUUUGGUUGAGCUACAUGGACUUAAAUGUGUGAUGUGUGGAAAUACCGUAUCCAUUUAGUAUAAAUAUUAUACUUAGGUAUGGGUCAAAGAAACUGCUUUAAUAAGACCUAUCAUCUUACAUCUUAAGAGACUUUCUAUUCAGGAGAGAAACUAAAUGAGCAGAAUGUGGAAAGGUAGUGACAGCUGAGUCUGUAAAGUGGCCCUGACAAAGAACAACUUCAUUUUGUUACUCGCAAAGAAAUUAUAAUUAUUGCCAAAUAAUAUUUCCAAUUGGUUAAUCCUGCUUGUGAAGCCAUUUUUUUUAUGUGAUACAUGCAAGAGAUGAAGGGUUUGGAUCAUGAUAUGUGGAUGUCAUUUUGAUCCCCUGAAGAGAUCUCUGAUUAAAAUCCUGGAUCUGAGCUUCACUUCUUUUAACUUCCUCCAUUUGUCUCUUCUCAGAGUUAUUACCAACCAGCGAUUAUGAAAUUUUGUAAUUAUUUUUUUUCUUCCAACCUGCAGUGUCAAUGUUCAAGGUGGGCCCAAGUUAGGCAUACUAGCUUACUAUUUUAUUUCAUAAAAUAGGCCUCAGUUGGUAAUUGCUGUCAUUUGUUGAAACAAAAGAAAUCCUAAAUAGACAUCCAAAACAUUUUCUCUGAUAAGGAAAAUGUGAAAGAAGAGAAAAGAUUGAAAGGACUCCAAAGAGGAAUGCCUGAAGAAGGAGGAAUUAUUGCUAUUUAUUAUUAUUAUAUAUACCAGAAUGUGAAAUCAUAGCCACCAGUUCUUUAGUUUGUGCUGGUCUUCAUAUUCUUAUGGUUUGUCGCACAGUCAUCUAGUUUAGACUGGAUUUGGCAUUAUAUUUUUAUCUCACUUUUUUUUUUUUUACAUUUGGAGACCUCGAGGUGGCAAAUAUACCCAAAUCUUUACCUUCAUUCGUGAUACCCAAAUAUCUCCUAUUUUCCCCAAAAUCCUGUGGAGUGGCAUGGGCCACACUGAGAGUGAGUGAUUGGCAAAAGUCACUCAAAAUGUUUAAGUUGAAAAUAGAAUAGAAUAGAAUUUUUUAUUGGCCAAGUGUGAUUGGACGCACAAGGAAUUUGUCUUGGUGCAUACGCUCUCAGUGUACAUAAAAGAAAAGAUACAUUCGUCAAGAAUCAUAAGGUACAACACUUAAUGAUAGUCAUAGGGAACAAAUAAGCAAUCAAAUCAUAUUAGGAAACAGUCAAUAUAAAUCGUAAGGAUACCAGCAACAAGGUUACAGUCAUACGUGGGAGGAGAUGGGUGAUAGGAAAUGAAAUGAAAGGUUGGCAAGGGAUAUUUUAAAAAGACUUAUAAAAGAAAACAUGCCAUCAGUAUACAAAUGUUCUGUGGAUUUGGCCAAAAGGGGGGAAAUUAACUGAAUUUUUAUUUUGCCUCAUUUGUUUUGACCAAGGAAAUAUGAAUCCAUCUCCCCAUUGUGAGAAUACCUUGUGAGUAUUUCCCCCAUUUAAGAGAUUCAGACUAGAAUUAGAUUGGGGCACAGUGGGGUUCAUCAGAGAGCUCAAGUUAAGUGCCAUGAAAACAGACUGAAGCAUGCUUAGCAUUGUUUUACAAAAAGGCAACUAACAGGGACACAAUAUCCCUGUUGAAGCAUUUGAUGAGAUGCCCUUUAGAAGAAAGAAAAGAUUUGUCCUUGAUUGUCCCAUAGUGCUGAAUAAAUAAUUGAAUUUUACAAAAAUGUCAACGAUGAUAAUGGUGAAACUGUCAAAUACUCUUUAAGAUUUAGAAUAACAGAAUUGGAAGGAACCUCGUAGGUCAUCUAGUCCAACCUUCCGCCCAAGCAGGAGACCCUACACCAUUUCUGACAGAUGGCAGUCCAAUCUCUUCUUGAAAGCCUCCAGUGCUGAAGCACCCACAACUUCUGAAGGCAUUGGUUGAUUGUUCUCAUUGUCAGAAAAUUUCUCCUAAUUUCUAAAUUAAAUCUCUCCUUGAUCAGUUUCCGUCCAUUGUUCCUUGUCUGGCCUUCGGGUGCUUUGGAAAAUAGGUUGUCGUCCUCUCUGUGACAGCUUCUCAAAUAUCGGAACACUGCUAUCAUGUCUCCCCUGUCCUUCCCUAAAGUAGCCAUGGCCAAUUCCUGUAACAAUUUUUUUAAUAGGUUUUAGCUUGGGGAGUCAGGUGGAGGAUGGAAGAAAUGGAUUUGACAUCCCCCUUCAGCCUGAUGUUUUCUCAUGUGUAAAGUUGUCUAUUGGAGAUUCUUGUUAUUUCCUGUGUAUUGAGCAUUUUCUUGUAUUUAUCUUCAUUGCCAAUGAUCUCUUCACUUGCAAGUACUUCCAUUUAAAAAUAAAUGUUGUAUCAUUGUUUGUAUAUUACCAUGAUUUCAAGGAAAUUUUUUGAUACAAAUAUGUAUUUAAAACAAUGUAGUAAAAAAGGUGGGAAACAAUAUGAACAAUAAAAACAGG